UUUCUUAACAGUUUUGGACUUUCACCUUUUGACGUAUCAUGAUUGUUAUUCUGCAGUUGUACUUGUAAUGAUUGAAUUUAAGUUUUAUGUGCGUUUCUAAUAUAAAUUAGACCAAUUGGACAGAUUUUAAAAUACAUUUUUCAAAUCAUAAAUUUUUCCGGCUGAAUAACUGAGAGUGAUAUUUCUCAAAUAUCUCUCUUGAACCACGAAACAAAAUCAUUUUUCUCAAUUCCUCUUAGCCCGUUAAUAUUAAUGAGAAACAAUAGCAUUGAUCACGACACGUCUGUCAUUCUCUAACACUCUCACAGCAACGUUUGCACGUAUAGAGAUAAUACAUUAUUAGGUACUGACGGUUUAUAUGUCGACUCGUAUUUCGACUACUGGUAACUUGACAAGCUAACCAGCCAGGCAAUUCAAACCAGCAUCAGACACCAAGGAGGCAAGAUGUCUCGAAUUAUUUGUGCUUUCGUUGUGUGCUUGUCGACGCUAGUCAGUGCUGCUAAGUUCAGGGAUUGCGGGUCCGCAGUGGGAAAGUACACGUCUGUUACUAUCAGUAACUGUGGAGCCAGUGAUAGCGAGUGUAUUCUCACCAGAGGAUCUAAUGCAACCAUUGAAAUAUCAUUCAACACCGACGAGUCCGCCGAUGCUGUUACAGCAGUUGUCCAUGGAAUUGUAGCUAGUGUUCCCAUGCCAUAUCCAAUAUCCCAUCCUGAUGCUUGUGCUAAUCCGGACACUGGGAUAACAUGUCCUUUGAAGAAGGGUGGAUCAUACUCAUACAGAAAAACUUUUCCCGUUUUAGCUCAAUAUCCUAAGGUGAGGGUUCAAGUCAAAUGGGAAUUGCAAAAUGAAAAGAUGCAGGAUAUUAUAUGCAUCUUGAUUCCAGCAAAAAUUCAGUAAAUAAUCAAGAACUGAAUUUUUCAAUGCGUCGACAGCAAUAGACUGAACGUAUCCCACUACUUUUUGCUUGUACUAAUUGUUGCUAAUCACACAAAGAUAAAUAGAAAUUUCAGGUUGACUUUGAAAA